GCGCCCUCUCACGGUUGAAACGCGGUACUGAGCUACUUCGUGGUUCUCUGAUUGUUUUGGAAGUUGGAGAUCGGUCCAAAAUACACACCCUGUUAUUACAACAAAACUAUUGAUGCGGCAGUUUGGAUGAAAGAGUACAAUUGCUAUUUUGCGUGCUCACUUUCGGUGAUCAACACUCUUUUCCUCGCACUACUUCUCUCUCAUCCUUGCCACAAUACUUGUCAUCCACCAUCAUCAUCAUCAUUUAGCUAAAAACGUUAAAAGGAUUCUGAGAGUAGGAACACACUCAUCUGUAUGUGAAACAGUGUGAAAUCAGCAUGGAGGUCACGAAGCUGUUCACACUGCCCAUGCUCCUCAUCCUGUGUGGCGAUGUGGAGCUCAACCCCGGGCCAUUGCCGAAAGUAACAAGGAUUUCAUCAGUGACUGUCUCCAGAGCUCCAAGGUCAGAUGGCUCGCGUGUGAGUGUCGUAUUUACCGAUCAAAUGUCCGAGAAAGAAAUCUUGGCCUACGCCCAUACCUUCACCGAAGCCGAUUGGUCAUACAUAGGACAUGACCUUGGUUACAACGCCCAAGAACUAAACAACCUUCGUAGACGAUGUCCAAGGCUUAGAGAUGCUUUCUUUUUGAUGAUUAAGAUGUGGCGUGACAACGGGGGCGUCCGGAAGCCUGGAGGCUCCGUCUAUGUGAAGAAGCUGACGAUGACGUUCAAUAGAUCUCCUCCUAGUAAACCUUUAAAGGAAGAUGAAGAGAAGAAGGAACGAGAGAAGAAGCAAGCGAUGCAGCGAGAGAAAGCGAAGACGGAGAAGGAGCUUGCUGCUUACUCCCAUCCAGACAUCAAACCAAAGCUCAAGUCUUGCAAGUGCGGACGAUAUCAUGCAACGUGCGAGGCCAGAGACGUGGUGGAGAUAUGGAACAAGCACCUGCGAGAGGCCCGGAGGAUGCACGAGACCAACCUCCGCAUCGUCCUCUUUGCCCCGCUGCUCUACAACAGAAGCACCCUCGCCCCAAAAUGGCAACAGUGGAUGAGGAAACUAGACCUUAUCAUAGAUGAUUCUGCCCCUCUUGAACGGAAGAAAGAAGUAUUCUUCAGACUGGAUGAACUCGACAAAGUAUUAGAAUUUAUUCACACCAGGCUCUCAACGAUGAAAGACGAAGAUUACGAUCAAAUGACAUGGCUCUUAGAGGAAGUAGAGAAGGUUGAUGAGCUUCAGGUAGCCAUGGAAGUUGCAAAAACCAAUAAAUAUUUUGUCACAUUUUAUGAUAACUUGAAGACGAGAAAGAAAAUGAAAGAGAGUAGGGUCAGUCGUCUAAUGGCUUUGGUCACAAUCAAGCAAUAUUGGCAAUAUGUUCACCAUACAGUGGUCCAUAAAAAGGAAAUUUUAUCCUCUCUCAUGAAAUUGAGUGAAAAGGAUGAAAAGGAUAUGAAUGUUUUAAAGGACAGAGGAAAUCAUCUCUACUCAAACAACAGAUUCCGCAAUGCGCAUGAGAUGUACACAAAGGCUUUAGCUAUAGGUGUAUUCAACCACAUCCUGUAUGGCAAUCGCUGUCAGACGUCGCUGCACAUGGAGGAUUUUUGGGAUGCAUUGUGGGAUGCUCGUCGCGCCAUUACAAUCAGCCCUGAUUGGCAAAAAGGUCAUUAUCGUUACGCCCAAUCGUUCUUUGAACUGAAGGACAUCGACCGGGCACUGCGCGAGAACAAGCGGGGGCAGAAGCUGGUCGGCGACAGCGGGCAGGAGAUCGAGCAGCUUCAGAAUCAAGCGACCCUUUUCAGUGACGAGAAGAAAAGACUAAUGAAUCUCAAUAGCAAAAAGCAUGAGGUCCCCGAUCUCGUGAGUGGGUCUGAGACGGACAGUGAUAGUGAUUCGGAUCACGGUAAGAAACCCAAAAAGCCAGUCAAAACCACAGACCUCAAUCGUGACCUCCAGAGGGGCAAGCUCGACUUCGAGAAGAAAAAGCUUGAAGAGGCGCAGAGAGAGAUGGAGAGAGAAAGACAGAAAUUCAAAGAAGAGAUGGAAAAGAAAGCGAGGAGGGAACAAGAACGCAAAGAGGAGAGAGAACAGAGAAUCAGAGAGGAAAGGGAACAAAGACGCCGUUUAGAGGCCGACAGGAAAAAGUUUGAGGAGGAGGAGAGGAGGAAGACGAAGGAGCUGAAGAAGGAAGUCCAGAAGAUGGAGCGGGAGCACAAAGAGUUGGAAAGAGAUAAUCGUGAACGAUUAAAGAAAGAAGAGAAGGAAAGAGAUAAACGUGAACGAUUAAAGAAAGAAGAGAAGGAAAGACAUGGUAAGCAGAAGGAGAAGCAGGCCAAGAGAGAUGCUGAGAUCGCCAGACAGCAACUAGAACAGAUGCUGAAAGAAAAUGAGCGUUUAGCCAAGGAAAGGAUUGAAAGGAACGCUAUCGAGAAAUGUCUAGCCGAUGCUUCCCUAGCCCUGGUCAGUGGUCAGUCUCGCCAGGCGGUCACCCUUUAUCACAAAGCAGCAGACCUACUCAAGGCUACGAACAAAGAGUACGGUGGUAUGCAUGAAGCAGAUUACAUCGUGUUCCUGUAUGCACAAGCUACUGCCUACCUAAGAUCAGGAAUACCCUCUGAAAUCAACGAAGCUCUGACCAGGUUUGAAAACAUCGGCAAAGAAUUUCCCAGCAUGCGUAAUGGACUUCCUUUUUACGGCCUGGCGACAUCACUCUAUAAACUAAACAGGUUUCAUGAAGCCCUUGACCCGAUAGAGAAGAGCCUGUUCAUCGCCACCCAUUUUGAGCACACCAUCCACACAUGGCCCGGAACUUCAACCAACAUCGAAGAGACAGAGAAAGGCAAGCUAGAGACCGCGUUGAAAGAGCUUGAGCAUUGGUGCAAGCACCCGCCGAGCCCCGACGCCACCUGCAGAUACGUUGACUGCACCACCAAGAGAGAGAUGUACCUCUCAGAUCUAGACUUCAAAGGCUACAUCAAGGUAAAAUGCAGUGAACGGUGUUACAUUGACUACCACAUCAACUGCUGGAAGGCACUCAAGAAUGAGAGGAACAUCACAGGAGGAGAGAGGGAGGCUUUGAAGACUCCCUGCUCAACACCUGAUUGCUUAGGAACCUUGAGUGAUAUCAAAGUGAUUGGUGCUAACGGACUCCUCAAAACAGAAGCCAAGGUUGAGAAACCUCCAAAGCUCCCUAAGGAUGACACCAAGAAGAAAAAUACGCAGAAGCCGAACAAGGACCAGAAGAAAGGAAAGAAGUUCAAGAAGCAACACCAUAGUGAUAGCUCCAAGGUAGAGAAAGGCCAGGGGGAUGCUGAAGGUCAGGCUGGUCAUGGUCAAACUACAGAGGGCGCUCAUGCUGCCAAGGAAGACGCAACCAGUAAAUCGGUUCCUGGGGUUAACAAACCGAGGGCUGGGUCGGAUGCAGGCAUCGCCAUGGCAACAGACUCCCCUGCAGACGGUGCUGUAGGAGGGCAGAAGGGUGACGGAGCAGAAGAAGAGGAGGAGAUGAAACCUGAGGCAACCUAUGUCCUUAAAAGAGAUGAUAUCGAAGAGAGAAAGAUCAACAAAGUGAAGCCCAAGAAGUCACGCAAACCUGCUGUGUUUGAUGAAGGAGCUGCAUCUAACAUCGUCCAGAUUGAAUUUGCACCUGCUAGUACGAAUAGACGUUAUGGGGCUGACGACGCAGAAGAACUUCAGGAGAGAAUGAACAGGGGUUGGCAGUCGAGACUGACCACGUCAGAUGAUCAUCCCUUUGCCAUUCCUUCCCACCUCCAGGAUGCAGCUAGGGGCAUAGAUGCUGCAUUCCAGGAGGAGCCAUCCAUCAUCAUUCCUGAAACGGAUGAAGAGAAGAGCCAGAAAAUGAGUCUAUUUUUACAUUUCACCGAUAUCUUUUCAAACAACGGACCUCUCCACCUUGAGGAUCCAAUCUUGAUCGCUUCCAUGGAACAUCUCACCUUCGAGCACCAGGAACUUCUAGCUAAACGAGGUGGCCUCAAGCCAUUCCUCCGUGAAUCGAAAGACUUUGCCAUUGUUGGUGAUUACGCCAGCGUAAAGAGCGAUGCUCAGAAGUGCAAAGACAUAGCGGUUCUGAAUGGAUAUCAGGAAGAGGAAGCGAGUGACGAUGCUGCGGGAUACACUCUGAAUCCAGACUCGGCCCCAUUCAUCCCAAAGACUUUGAACUCUGAUCUUAGCAUCUUUCAAACAACUCCAGUGGUUGAAUACUUUGAAUCGAAAGGUCUUGUGGGUUAUAUGGGUCUCCCAGGUGUCCGCAGACCCGUGUUCGGAUUGGAUUCGUUUGAGGGUUCUGAUAGUGACGAUUAUGACAAGGAAGAUGAAUCAGACUCUGGUGAUAGUCUUGCCUCAUCAAGCGACGAUGAUGAUGAGGAGGAUGAUAGCGGUGAUGAUGAUGAAGACAGUACUGAAUCUUUUCACGAAGCAUCGUCCGAUCUCCAUGCUUCUAAUUACGAUGGAAUAGAAUCGGAGCUGUACGAGUCGACCCUCCAAGGCAACGUCAGUGCUCUGUCCGAUUCCAAGGUCGACGGCAUCGAUGACGAGGACUAUCACUGGGAGGAUCAUUACAGCUCUAAGGAACUCGAUGAGGUGAACGAUGUCAUAAUUCCAAAAGAGACUGAUGAUGCCGUCAUUGGCAAUGACACCAAUGAUGUACCUGUUCAUGAACGGACCGAAGUAAGCACUGAACAGUCCCAUCCACAACACAAUGAUGAAGGGCUAACGGGAAAUACUGGGAGUAAUAAUAAUAGUACAGAAACCAAAGACACUACUGAAUCUACACAAGAUCCUGCAGUACAGGAUAGUAUGACAAAGUCGCCCAUUCCUCCAGAAAUGGACAAUGCUGCUGUAGAACUUGAUGAGGACGGAAUCACCCGUGGUCAAUCUGAACCUGGUCAGAACGAUAGCCUCCACGGUGGAGCAACUGUUAUUAGUGAUACCCAUGAAUCUGUAGAUAUUUCUGAAAAUUCUGAAAGCGAGGGAGCAGGGACUACUCCUGCGGGAUUGGCAUCAACGGUGCAAUUGGAACCGUCUGCAACUGACUCUGUGACUUCUGGAUUGAGCGAGGGUUCUGUUAAACAGUCUCUGGAACUCGAUGAGGAUAGCAGUGAUGAUGGGACAUCUGUGGAUCAGGUUUUGAAUCUCAAACCCAGUGAUGAUAAUAAGGAGGAGGAGGCGGUGGAGGAGGAGGAGGCGGUGGAGGCAGUGGAGGUGGAGGAGGAGGAGGUAAAGAAAGAGACGGAGGAGGCAGUUGGUGUAAGCACCUCACAGACUGAAGACUCCUCCAUUCUAACUCUCCCAGGAUCCCUUGUUUCAAAUACCCCUCCAGGAACCCUUGUAUCCAACCCGCCUCCUGUAGAUAAUGACUUGAAAACACCAAGCAAUACUCAAGGACAAAACCAAACCCCAGAAUCAAAUAAAUCUACAUUAUCUGAGAGCGACUAUGAGAAGAUGUUUGAAAAGAGAAUGCAACAGUGGAAGGAACAACACCCGCCCUCGCCUGUCCACGAGCAGAGAAGCUUUGGAACAAACACCGAUGAACGGAAGGACCAAUUGGAAUAUUUGGAAGAGAAGCUUACUCUCUUUCGAAGGUCUCUGGAACAGGCAAAAAGAGAGAAAAAACAGAUGGAGGAUAAUAUGGCAAGGUAUCAUGACAGCGUUAACAAGAGUGCAGAAAAAGAAGUAAUCGUUUGGAAACGAAAACAUCAGGAAAUCUGGGAUCAAUAUCGAGAUUUGGAUGUAAGCAAAAGCUUACUGACUUUGAAAUAUAAUGAACUUGAAGACGAACAUAAACCAUGUAACUCAAAGAUAAAGAAGUAUGAUGGUCUGAAGGAAAGGUUUGACAAACUGGUUCUGGCUUCAGCAGAAGAAACAGAGUCAUUGAAGGGUGAGAUUGGUGUACUUCGGAGCUCAGUCAGAGACAAAGAGAAGGUCAACAAGACGCUCGACAAGCAGUCGAAGAAGCUCAUGUAUGAGAAACAAGAACUCCAGGACGCCAUGUCCAAACUCCAAUCUGAGAUGGCCAUCGUGAAUGAGGAGCGUCUUACAGCAAUGGCCAGGAGAGCUCAGACAGAGAUGGAAUUGGAGGAGACAAGGAAGAUUCCCAAGGAACUCAAGGAAGCCAAGCAUGCCUUGGAGGUACGUCUCAAGGCCAAGGAAGAAGAGGCAGUGAAGUCAUUGGAUAGAGCCUGCAAAGCAGAGAGUCAAUUCCUGCACCUGUUUAUGUCGAAGGAGUUGAAACCAUUAGAAGAAGCUUGUAAAGAAGCAGAGUACCAUAUUCAAACUAUAGCCAACAUCCUGCAAAACAACCCUAUGAUGGAGGAGCAUGUUAGAGCAAUCCGGAGUAUGUGGCAGGACUGUCUUGCAACCAACCAACGGGCUGUUUCUAAAGCUCAGAAUGAAUACCAAGCUCAGAUGAUAUCCAUUCAGAACGGAGGUGCCUUAGACGCCAUGAAGCCAGUCGAAGUCCCUGCUCCCUACAAACCAGAGGGUCUCGUCAAAGGUGGAGGCUUCGGAGCCGGUAGUUCCCCCACCGGUCCGCCAUCCAUGCCGUCGCCUGCCACCAUGACCCAACCCGGCAUGGGUGGAUCAGGGUCAUGGUUGAUGUCAGGCCCGAGGCAGGGCGGGGCAGACCCUAGGAUGCAGGCAGGGACACCACCGGUAGUAGACCCCCAGGAGGGGAUGAUGCCAUCUUCGAUGAUGGAGGAAGCGCUGCAGAACAGUGGUGGAAUGGAAAACCAAUUUGCUUCCCAGCCCCAAAGCAUCAGUGAAGCUCAACGCAAAGCCAGGGCUAUUGAACAAGCUGAGGCUAUGGUGGAGGCCCAAGCACAAGCCCAAGCACAAGCCCAGGCUCAAGCACAGGCACAAGCCCAGGCUCAAGCACAUGCUCAAGCCCAGGCACAAGCCCAACAGCUACAGCAAGCCCAAUUGCAAGCCAUGUCUCGAGCCCAAACACCACCCAUGGUUUCACAGGGAGAGGGAGUCGUCCAGCACGGUGCUAUGUCGGGCAAUGGUUUUAACCACCACCAGCAUCCAAAUGGUCAGUCUGGUCCUGACUCUGGAGCAUCCAGGAAAACUUUCACCGUUCCACCGAACAUGCAACACGCCCAGCAUCAGAUCCAGAUGUCGCAGCAACAAGCGGCCCGCAACCAACAACUUGCAGCCAUGCAACACCAGCAACAACAGAUGCUUGCUGCUCGGCAACAGUUUAUGGAGCAGCAGGUCGCACGCCCCAAGAACAGCUUUGAAAGAAUAAUGCUAAGACUGCAUGGUAUCUACUCAAGUUACAACAAGGUCCAGUUGACUGGGUUUUUGAAGGAUGUCCGCACCUCAAACAACGGCUCCCUCUCUGGUCUGUCGGUCGACGACAUCAUCCGUCGCGUCGGUGAGCUCGUCCGCCAACGCCAACGAGAGACCGCAGGCAAUGCCUCCCAGAGAAUGCAGAGCAAAGGGUUCGCCAACCAGCAGGGCAUGAUGGGAGGGCGCCCUACAGCCCCGCCCGUCAACCAGCCAGUCAACCAGCAGCAACCCAAGCGCUCCUCCUACCAUCCAGCUCCCACCCCAUCCCAGCCGGCCUGGACCACCGUGGGUCACAUCCAGAAGGGUCUCAACUGGCACAAGGAGCUUGUGGACGGGGAGGAGGGGGAGGAGGACCCCUGCGUCAUAUGCCAUGAUGAGAUGAGUGGGGACGAUAUCUUGGAGAUAGAGUGUGGACACAUCUUCCAUGGACGGUGUAUCCAAGAGUGGUUGAAGCAGCAGAACACUUGCCCGACGUGUCGCAACUACACCAUCCUCAAGAAUGAUUAUCCAACGCUACACAAGUGAGAGAGAGAGAGAGAGAGAGACAAGGACACACAUUAAGAGGCAUAUAUCUUCCACCAUCUCUUAACUCCGGUCAGUAGACUCCGUCACUGCACAAGUAAAAGAGAGAUAUGGACAUGGUAGGCAGAUAUGAAGAGGCCUUGAAUUAAUUAACCUCCAAAGACUAAGCAUUUUUUUUUUCAGAGCAGAAUAUACAAGUGUAAUACUUGUGUCAUCCAAGUUGAAUUUCGCGGAAGUUGAAAACAGGAUUUCUGUGGUCCAAACAGAUAGAUGCACCUGACUGACAAAUUUGCUCCGAGCCAAUCAGAUGCAGGGAUUUCAGUAGCUUAUAAAAAAACAAGUCCGGUGAAAAAUUACUGUUUUGUUCAUGAAAUGUUCCACUGAUUGAUUUGUUGCCAUUUUGAGUUAGUUACUACUUGAUAUCAUUUCACCCGAUCUGUUCACCGCUGCACUGGAGGAGGUCAUUUGUAAACUACUAGACUGGGAAAAGUACGGGGCUAAACAUUGAAGGGGAGACCCGAGUAUCGUUGAUGAUAUCAUUCUAAUCACUAAUGAUGGAGAAGAAUUUAAUUUCUCAUAAGUAUAACUGAAAAGUUCACUUCAUCUUUUGUCGCCAAAAUGAAAAUUGCAAUGGCCAUUUGUGUCUUUUCUGGUCCUGUCGUUUGACAAUCAGUCUUCUAUAAUUUUUGUUUUGUUUUUAUAUAUAUAUAUAGUCUUUUUUUUUCUUGUUAUCUGAGUCCCCUUACCACAAAACUUAGUGCUUGAUAUUAGGUUUGAUUUUUACGCUUCUUUGCUCAAUAUAUGUAAUCAAGUGCACAAAUCGAUUGUACGAUCAUUAAAUGACACAGUUUUGUGUUACCGGCUCCAGAUGUCCCUGAAAAUGUUGAGGUUUUCAUUGAUUUUAUAUGAUUUGAUCAAUAUAUUGAAAGUAUAGUGACACAGCAUUUAUUUUCUUAGUAGCGUGUACUACAGAUAAAGCAACUUUCUUUAGCAUAUCCUGUAGAAAUAAGGGGUUAGUAUGGAAAUAUAUAGUUUCUUUAAACGAUUACUAGUCUGAUUUCUUCCACAUCCCUUUAAACAUGACAUGUAUUGAGGAGGCAUUGGUUAUCAUUAAUUUGACUGUAAAAUGUGUGCAGUAACAUGUUAUUUGUUACCCGAGUCUGUGAUUUGGUGUGAAAGUAAAGCCCAGAAUAAUUACACCUGAAAAUUAUUAUUCAGUGCUUCAAAAAAGUGAAACACAAAGUGAAGAGAAACACCAUCUCAAUUUUAUUUUAUACUAAAUGUGUUGCAAUUAGAAUCGAAACUAGAUAACGAUUUUCUAGUGGGAGAUGUCUUAUAAGCUUCUGCUCGAAUUUUAUUUAUAUUAUGCCUUGGUAUUUUUUUAAAAUGCAUAUUAACAUAAACAAAUUGCAGUCAUAAAUAUAUUAAAGAUACCUAGGAUCCCAUCUUACAAAGGGUUGCGAUUGAUCCACUCAACCACUACUAUGGAAAGCAAGACAUGCCAUAAUUUGCGCAAUGUCCCCAAGGAAGCAAAGAGAAGCGCACUGCAUAGUCGAGACUAUGACGCAUGCAUGGAUAUACUGUGGACUUUGUCUAAUUAUGGGGCGUUGCAAGAAACUUGCACUCAAUUGCAAGUCUACUGUUUGUCCCUAAAUCAUAAGUUUUGAAAUUAAUUGCAGAUUUGCCUUUGAUUGCUAAUCUGCUCCUUGAAACAAGGAGUGUAAUCUGAUUUGCUACAGCUAAAAUUGAUCUAUCAAUUGUAAAGUUGCAGUAGAAUAUUUGCAAUUGAUUGCAAUAUUUUCUUGCAACACCCCCUAAGUCCACUUGCCAUAAGUCAAAUAAUCGGCUAACUUAGAGCAUUAUAUCUGACCAGGAGCC